AUGAUAAAGACGGUAACCUCAGGAAAGGAUGUGAAUAAUAGGAAAUUAUUUGACAAGACAAAAGCAAAGUCUCGAGAUGAUCGAAAGGUUUUUUGUAGGAAAAAUAAGGAUAGCAGCAGUAGUAGUAGUAGUAGUAGUAGUAGUAGUGGCAGCGGUAGCAGCGCUACUAAAGAUGCAGCUGCUACUACUGCUACUGCUACUGCUACUCGCACAUCCGUCACAUAUUUACCAAUGUCUUCGUUACCCAAAAUAUCAGAACCUUUAGACCCACAGGCGAUAAAGUUGAUUUACGAAUCAUUAGGAUAUAAACAAAUCCCCGGGGAAAAGAGCAAACAGAAAGGAGUUGAUCUUGUAGUCCCGUCAGAGUUCAUCAAGGAAGUAGAUCAAGCGGCACAAAAUCGUUACAAUAACCCGGAAAAGACGAGAGAAUUAAACAAAGAUAUCGAAAAAUUCUUGACGGGCGACAAAAGUGAUCAGGAUUUGAUUGAGCUAGGUAGAGAGAUCAGUAGUCAUAUGGAACCAGAACUAAAUGAAACGCAUCCUUAUCAAGAGCAUCCCUUGAAAAAAUCUUUAUCUGGUAUGACCACGAUUUACCCAGCAAUGAAUAAGUUUCAUGAUUCCAUUUUAUGGAAUGUUAUACCUCCGGAAAAACUUGCCGCGGUUCCGCCGUAUCAAGUUGAUGAUCCAUUAGGGUUCAAGAAAUGGGAACAGGAUUUGAUUACAAAGAGAGAGAAGCAAAAAUUGGAAAAAGAGCUGGUUUUAAAGGAACUUCAAGAAUUUCAGAAUAUGUUGAAUGGGUCAAAAUCGUUCUUUAGUGGUGGCAUUAAUAGUAGUAAUGAGGGUAAUAAAUCAAUAAACACAAUGAGAGGUGGAAAUAGAAAAAAGUUGAAUAGAAAAUUGUUGAAAAAAUUCAAGAAAUUGAAAGAGGAAGGGAAAAUACCUGAACGCAAGGAAAUUAUAGUACAUCUUAGAAAGUAUUCAUUCACUAUCGAGGAACGAGCUUACGAGCUCACUAUCGAGGAACGAGCUUACGAGCUCACUAUCGAGAAACGAGAUAGUGAGUGUUGGAGUCUACUAGGUAAUCAUUCACUAUCGAGAAACGAGAUAGAGAGUGAUGGAGUCGGGAAAGUUGAGUGUCAAUAG